UACAGGAUCCAUGGUUUCGCCAAAGGCUUAAAAUCUAAAAUAUCCGAGGCCUUACGUCGAACACAUUCGAUUGGUUUAACUAUCACAAUUAUCAAACGGUAGUGUCACAAGCUGAUGGUGGGAGCAAUAAAAGAAAAGCCUACACGAAGCCAUGAGAGUGCUUCCUUUCACGAACACCAUCUCUCCCUCAAUCCUCUCCACUCUCAUCAAAACCCUACACACCUCGGCGGCAAACCCACCACCCAUUCCUUCUUACAAAGCCUUCGACUCCUACGCCUCUCUCCUCCGCCGAUGCGCCGCAGAGAAAUCCAUCGUAGAUGCCAGACGUGUUCACCUCCACAUGAAGAAGGCCGGCUUCCCCUAUCUCAGUCUCGGCAACAAGCUCGUCGACGCUUACUUGAAGUGCGGCGCCAUUGACAACGCCCGGGAGGUCUUCGAUGAAAUGCCAAAGCCGCACAUUGUGUUGUGGAACGCCAUGAUAUCAUCCUACACUUGCUGCCGGCGGAGCAAAGAAGCUAUCUUUUUGUUCCGGAGGAUGCUUUCGGAGGGCUUCGUGGCCGAUGAGUUCACCUUUUCAAGCAUCCUUAGAGCAUUCUCCGAUUUACUUCUCAUUGCAGAAGGCCGGGGAGCUCAUGGGCGGCUUGUGGUCUUGGGUUUGGAGGCUAUGAACGCUUUUGUUGGCAGCGCAUUGGUCGCUAUGUAUGCAAAGUUUGGGAGAUUGAGGGAUGCCCGAGCUGCCUAUGAUCGAAUUAGUGAUAAAGAUGUGGUCUUGGCAACGGCCUUGAUUGUUGGCUGCACUCAAAAUGGUGAGGAUGGUGAGGCAAUUUGCCUUUUCGGAGAUAUGGUUAAUAGUGGAAUUAAACCGAAUGAAUUCACAUUUGCUAGUGUUUUGAUAGCAUGUGGGAAUCUCAGGGAGUUGAGGAAGGGAAUGGUGAUCCAUGGUGUCAUGGUUAAAUCUGGGUUUGAGUCAGGAAAUUCAUCGCAGACUUCACUUAUAACUAUGUAUUCCAAGUGUGGCCAUAUAUGUGACUCUCUGAAGGUAUUCAGGCAGACUGUGAAUCCGAAUGUUGUGACUUGGACAGCUAUAAUUGGAUGUUUGGCAUGUAAUCAGAGGGAAGAACUUGCUCUUUCGAUGUUUCGCAGCAUGGUUCGUGAUUCUGUCUGCCUUAAUGCAUUUACCUUGUCAACAGUUCUCCAAGGGUGCUCAGCCCUUGCAUUGUUUGAACAGGGAAAGCUGAUCCAUGCCUGUGCUAUAAAGAUUGGCUUGGAUACAGAUAGUUUCGUUGGUUCCAUGCUAGUUGAUACAUAUGGAAAGUGUGGACGUGUUGGAAUGGCUAAAUUGGUUUUUGACAGUCUGCCAGGGUGUGAUUUGGUUUUGAUGAACUCUAUGAUCAAUGCUUAUGCACAAAAUGGCCAUGGGCUGGAAGCAGUUGGAUUGUUUGAUCUGAUGCAGGACUUGGGAUUGGAACCAGAUGAUGCAACAUUAACCUGUGUCCUUUCUGCUUGCAGUAAUGCAGGACUAGUCGAUGAAGGCCGUCGAAUUUUUUCGUUCAUCACAAAUAAGUAUAGCUUUGGGCCAUCUAAUGAUCAUUACGCCUGCAUGGUCGACCUGCUUGGAUAUGCUGGAAGACUGAAAGAGGCUGAAGAACUAAUAACUCGUAUUAAAAAACCUGAUAAAGUUUUGUGGAGGACAUUACUAGGUGCAUGCAAAAUACAUGGUGAGGUAGAGAUGGCUAAGAGGGCAGCAAGAAAAGUACUAGAGAUUGAUCCAAGUGAUGCUGGAACUUAUAUUCUAUUAUCAAACAUCUUUGCAUCUUUAGGUCAAUGGAACGAGGUUAUUAGCAUGAAGUCUGCAAUGAGGCACAUGAAAUUGAAGAAAGACCCAGCUAUGAGCUGGAUCGAGGUCGAUAGAGAGGUCCACACAUUCAUGGCUGGAGAUAAGUCCCAUCCACAGGCGGAAGAGAUCUACAAGGAGUUGGAAGGGUUGAUAGAGAGGACCAAGGGGUUGGGCUAUGUUCCAAAUACAAGGUUUGUGCUACAAGAAUUGGAUGAACUGGAGAAGGAGAGAUCUCUAUAUUACCACAGUGAGAAGUUGGCUGUUGCCUUUGGCGUCUUGAGUGUCAAGGGCAAAGGGAACCCAUCUAUCACAAUUUUCAAGAACCUUAGGGUCUGUGGUGAUUGUCAUGCUUGGAUAAAAUUGGUAGCUCAAGAUCUGGGGAAAGAGAUCAUCGCUAGAGAUGCUAAGAGAUUCCAUCAUUUUAGAGAUGGAUUAUGUUCUUGUCAAGAUUACUGGUGACAAAAAUUAAAAGAAUGCCAGCAUAUAGUUCUUUCUUGUCUACUUUUCUUUGCUCAGUUUCAAGAGACUGGAAUUCUUUUUUAAGAAAUGGUCGUCUGGUACAAUGAUUGAUCUGGAGUGGGAUCUUGUGGAGUCAUGAUGCACUUAAUUAUGAUUAUUUUAGGCUGUACCUCAAGGAAAUUUCAUUCUUGAGAGGAAGAUGGAUGUAUCACUGGCAUCAUAAACGAAUGGUGCUCCAGCAGGUCUUGGGCUACUUGCAUAGACUUCUUCCACAAGCUUUUGCAAAUGAAAGGGUUAAGUCUUGGCGGUUACCGUGAUUUGUCUCUGGCCACAAAUAAACACUAUAACAUACUAGCUGCAAUUGAAAGUUAAAAUGGUGGGAUCAACACAAGGUAUGUACUUACAUGCCUUUCUGAAGUUUUCUUUUCUUUCUUUUCCCUGUGUUAAUUUUGCUUUAGCUGGACUUGUGGAAAGAACCUAUUUCAUGUUGAUGUUCUGAUUUCAGUGAAAUUUUGUCCAUAAUUAAUGGGCUUAACACUUGAAAAAUAAUUGGUAAAAUGGCUGCCAAUUUUAGUGGUUUUAUUCAUCAUUGCCUUUAAUAAUAUGGAAUGAUUUCCAUUAGAAUCAUUGGUAUGCAGUUUUGGUGGUUCAUUCAUGCCAUACAUUUUUCUUUCUUCUUUUUGCAGAAAAUUUUGUGAAUCUUCUUGAAUAUUUUUAAGGUUGAUAUGCAUUGCCUUAUGUAUGAGAACUAGUCUAUUUGGAAUCAGAAUCACUGCCUUUCAACUUUCUGAGCUUUCAUAUAGAUGUCAAUUUUGCUAGAUUUGGUAUAACAGUAUUAUUGUCCUGGCCUUUCAUGCAACUUGCAAGGCAACCCUUACCAGUAUAUCUGCCUUAGAAAUUAAAAUUUACACUGGUGAUCAACUGGUUACGAGAAAGACUGAGAAGUGUCGUGUUUGCAAGAUUGUUUUCCAUCUUGUUUCUAUAUGUUGCAGCAUUUCUUUCUUCACCUUGAUUGUUAUUUCAGUUUGGCCCAUAGGGAUUAUCUGCCUGAUUGCUGGCAUUAGGGACUAAGAAGAGAUCUAUUACUUACUGGAGAUUUUGUAUAUCUUUGAUCUGGCUUCUUGAGAAAUAUCAGAGUAAGUAUUUAUGUAAGUGGUAUUUUUCCAGAAACUUCCUGAGUGAGUCCUCCUUUUCCUUCCAAUUGCAAUCCAUCAUUCUUGUUGUUAUGCGGAGUUAUCCUGGUACAUAUGCUUUUUCAGCAUGUAUAAUGGUCAGUUCCCUUUUCCUUAUGCAGGAUCUCCAUGUCUGCAAUGCAGUGGAGGCAUAAACUUUGGAUUUGGAUAAAUGUGAAAUAGAGAUGGGAUUGAUGGAGCCACUAUAUGCUUUCCCAAUUCUGGCAGAGGGAUUAACAGCAUUUUUCUAAAGUGGAUUCAACAUCCAUAGUUCGAAGCCCCUGCUUCCAAGCAAUGAAUAAUGCUUAAUAUUGUGCUGGAGGAAUGACACAUCUUUCAUGGGAGCUGUGUACCCCAGGGAAUGAUGUGGUCACCAAUCUUUCCUUGGUGUGCUGGUCACCAGCCUCCUGAACAGCUCACCAGCCUCCUGAAGUCUAGGCCCUGUUUUGACUCAGUGCGGGGUGCUUCCACAAAAUAUUGGAAGAACUUAUGAGAUAGGAAGGAUGAUAAGCAUGUUUUUGGUGCGAAUGAAGCAUGACUUGAGAAUGCAGUUGCAUGGAGAGGCAGUGCCGUCAGGCGCAGUUCGAGUGGUGAAAUAGGCAACAGUCUAUGGAUUCAAGGCCAGUUAGUGCUUACCCACACCGGAUGCUUGGCAGUGGGGCUCAGGAGACUCCAAGUUUAGCUGUCUAAUUGUAGAGGUGUGUGUGUGUGUGUGUGUGUGUGAGAGAGAGAGGAUACUUUUUAACUUUUGUUUUGUUGAUGGUGUUGUGGCAUUGUGCAUUCCUUCUUCCUCUUAUACGGCAUUUUCAGAGUUUUGGACUUCUAAUUUUGACGAAUGUUUUAUUUAUGUGAAAUAAGAGACUGAAAGGAUUUCAGGGUUGUUUACUUGAAAAAAGACGUUUACCUUUGUAUGCUCCAAGGUAUUAACUAUCUUCUUUAUUUUUCUGACAA